AUGGAUGCUUCUUGCCAGGAAUCAACUGGAAAACUGUCUCGGUACUUUUAUACUUCUUUUCAACCACUUGCCUUGUACCAAACUCCACGUACAGCACAUCGAAUGGCUGCUAAAUCCAACAUUGUGGAAUUCAAUUCCGCUCCUAUCAACAACUGCGUCUAUAGCUCGAGCACCGAGACAGGGCUGAUCAAAAUCUCCGACUGUGGCAGCCCUAGCUGCCCCAACUCCGAGGCCAACCCUGAUAAAGAGUAA